UCCUGAGUUUUGUUGUGCCAAGCCCAAAACACAUUUUUUUAUUCAUCUGAGAAAAGCCCAAAACACUUCAGUCCUUGACAAAGCUUCAGGCCUUCACCGAAGAAGACGGCGGAACAAGUACCCGCCGGCGACCAAAGUUCCGACAUCUCUGAAGUCUGAACUGAACUCUGAUCUCUUGAAAGGAACGGCUCAACGGCAUCUCCUCAAGGGGAUAGCGGCGACUACUGUGGACAUCCAACCUCCGGCGAUCAAUCUCCGCUGCGGCUGCCGGCGACCAGUCUGAAAGGAGUACAGCGACGACUAUUCAGGAACAGAACCGCCAUUUGCGCCGGUGACUACUCCAUUGGAGCCGAGAGCCACUGCAGAAUCUGAGAAUCACAUCCCCUGAUUUUCAAUUUUGAUUUGAAGCUUAAACUGGUUGAAAGCUGCUAAGAGACAUCUACCUCUCUUCUUAAUUCCCUCCAAAUGAAGAAGUUGCUUUGCACUGGUCCUCUUUCCUUGAGCAUAGUCCACAUGCCUACAAGACUUUGUGUUCAGCUAUUGCUUUCUCUCCCAUUUUGUUCUUCUGUGGUUCAUGCUUCCCUUACUGAAUAUGAUAGUUGUGAAGAAGGUGAUGCUUCAUGUAUUAUUCAAGAAAAAGACCUUCUUUGCACAAGCAAUACCGAAAGUGGGCUUCAUGUCCUUGACCUCUUAGACCAUGGUUUGAUCGAUCCAGAUCCUAUGCUAUACAAUAAAUUGUUAAAGAAGUGCACCCAGUUGAAGAGGGUUAAAGAAGGAAAGAUUGUUCAUGCCCACAUCCUCAACUCCAAGUUCAAGUCAGAUCUUUAUAUUCAAAAUAGCAUCCUCCAUAUGUAUGCAAAAUGUGGUUGUCUAGAUGAUGCCCGCUCAUUGUUCAACGAAAUGCCUCUGAAAGACAUGGUCACAUGGACUGCUAUGAUUACUGGGUACUCUCAGAAUGAUAAAGCAGAAGAAGCUAUUGAGUUGUUUCCUCAGAUGCUUAAGCUUGGACUAAAGCCGAAUCAAUAUACAUUUUCCAGCCUUUUAAAGGCUUCUGGGGCUGCACCAAGUGACAAAAAUGGUAGGCAAAUUCAUGCAUUUUGCACAAAAUAUGGUUAUGAAUCAAAUGUUUAUGUAGGAAGUUCUCUUUUGGACAUGUAUGCUAGGUUUGGAAAAAUGGAGGAGGCUCAGUUGGUCUUUGAUGGGAUGGUGACAAGGAAUGAGGUCUCAUGGAAUGCUCUGAUUGCUGGACAUGCGAGGAAGGGUGAAGGGGAGAACACUCUUCGACUAUUCUGGGAGAUGCUGAGGGAAGAUUAUAAACCUACACAUUUUACUUAUUCCAGUGUUUUCAGUGGUUGUGCUAGUGUAGGAGCUCUAGAGCAAGGCAAAUGGGUGCAUGCAUACAUGAUAAAAUCAGGGGGCAAACUCAUUGCAUUUCUUGGUAACACUCUUGUUGACAUGUAUGCAAAGUCAGGCAGCAUAGAUGAUGCAAGGAAAGUCUUUAAUAGGUUGGAAACAAGAGAUGUUGUUUCUUGGAAUUCUAUCCUUACUGGUUGUGCACAACAUGGGCUUGCAAGGGAAUCCCUAAGUCGAUUUGAAGAAAUGCUAAGGAUCGGCGUAAAACCUAAUGAGAUUACCUUCCUUUGUGUCCUUACUGCAUGUAGCCAUGGUGGCCUAUUGAAUGAAGGACAACACUAUUUUGAAUUGAUGAAGAAAUACCAGGUAGAACCAAAGGUUGAGCAUUAUGUGACAAUUGUUGAUCUUCUUGGUCGAGCAGGGCUUCUUGACCAAGCCAAGGAGUUCAUUGGGGAGAUGCCAAUUGAACCAACUGCAGCUGUUUGGGGAGCUUUGCUUGGUGCUUGUAGGAUGCAUGGGAAUAUGGAGUUGGGUACUUUUGCUGCCGAACGUGUUUUUGAGCUUGACCCCCAUGAUUCUGGCCCACAUGUGUUGCUUUAUAACAUCUAUGCAUCUGCUGGUAGGUGGGUAGAUGCUGCAACAGUGAGAAAGAUGAUGAAAGAGAGUGGGGUAAAAAAGGAACCUGCUUGUAGUUGGGUGGAAAUUGAGAAUACAGUUCACAUGUUUGUUGCCAAUGAUGACACCCAUCCCCAACGAAAAGAGAUCCAUAGGAUGUGGGAGAAGAUAAGUGGGAAGAUCAAGGAAGUUGGGUAUGUCCCUGACCCAAGCCAUGUGCUGUUGUUUGUGGAUCAGCAGGAGAGGGAAGCAAAGUUGCAGUACCAUAGUGAGAAGCUUGCUCUAGCCUUUGCACUUCUAAAUACAACCCCUGGAUCCACCAUUAGGAUAAAAAAGAAUAUCAGAAUGUGUGGUGAUUGCCAUUCGGCAAUCAAGUUUGUCUCGAAGGUGAUGGAUAGAGAGAUCAUCGUGAGAGACACCAACCGAUUUCAUCAUUUCAGCAAUGGUUCUUGUUCAUGUGGGGAUUACUGGUGAUGCAAAACACCCAAUUCUAGAGUCAUCAGAGUAAAUGAUAAAAAAGUUAUCAAAGAGGAGCUUGAUCUUUUGGCUGUUUGAUAAUGAAAAGUGGUUUAGAGUUCGAUCAUCCGGGUUGAAUGGGCCAGAUUGUCAAAGUGAGAGGACACAUUUAGAUGGGAAUAUUAGGUUAAGUUUGUUGGGAAGAGGAGGGUGGAGAGCACUUACCACUGCCACUGCUGCUGGACAUUGCUGUGGAUGUUGCCUUUGUGGUUCAAGCACUGCCAGCUAGACCCAAGGACUCAAAGGGAAGCAUGCCAACAUGAAUAAAAAUUGGUAUCUUAAUCGAGGUGUGUGGCUCUAAAUGGGGUCAAAGACAUCAACCCUUGGAAAGGAAAAUGGUUAUCAGUUACUGUUUCUUAGUGCACGUGCAAUUGUUCAGGCCUAUCUAACUAGAAGUUUGCUUCUCAAUCUGAAACAGGAUGGAAAAGCUUUACCAAAUGGGCCUGUUGUCAUUUCACCUGAUGGAUUAUUUCUUUCAUUGUAUCGAGAAGGUGAGGUGUAGUGACCAAGAGAAUAAUUUUUUCUUUGUGAUUUAAGUUGGACUCCAUUUGGUUUGGUCCAACCUAGCAAAACACGCUGUUUUUUUAUGGUUAUAUAUUUUUAAUGUUUCCUGAGAAACAUGAUGGUGGCAAUGGAAUUGGUCAAAUCUGAUUGAUUGGACAUGGAAUAUGAGCACAGGAUCCUGUAGGUUGCUAAAGUAACUAAGCCUGCUUGGUGAAGGAUAUUUUGAUUACAAUUGUUCCAUGCAUCUUGAGAAACUGCUCUGAAGAGAGGGAAAAGAAAAAAAUGUGAAUUAGAUCCUUGCCCUCCAGAAUUCUGAUGGCAUCCAAGAUUGUUUAUUUCUUUGGAAGACCCUUAUGGCCAAAAGUGGGGUCGAGAGUGAGGCCUAUUUGGGGGCUAUGUUCUCCCUGGGUGGUUUUCUUUUUUCCUGGUAUUUUUUUGGCCCUCUUUGAGAUCGACCACCUCUUUUGGUCUAACCCCUUCAUUUGGGGUUUUUGAUGAUGAUAUCUUCCCUUUGUGAUGCUACGCACCAUUUUUCUCUCAACCUUUGUAAAUCCCCCUCCAAUCAUCAUCUGCUGUAUAUUUCUCUCAGCAUAAACUGAAGUUCUUGUUCUAUUUUAUUAGAACUAGGUAUUGACAGUCAAUCCGGGUAUUCCGUUGUGGAGUGCAGAUUCAAUUCGGAAAUUGAUAUCUCUCGGCAAUGGUCAUCCCAACAGUGAUUGUUGUACUUUGUUGACUCUAAGGAGGUAUAAACUAACGAGAGAUGAUGCUGACCAAGAUAACGACGACGCCAAGUGACGGGAAAAGUGCCAUGUUAUUGCUAAUCAUGAAGACCUUGAAAUGGGUGGUCCAGCAAAUGGUCCAUCUUGGUGAACAUCGCCGAGAGGGUUAACGCCGGCAGCAAAUGUAACACUGGCUAUUAGAACAACUAUGACGUGUGUUUUGAGAGCAUUCUGUACACUCGCAUUGAUUGGAGUGUCUUUAUUUGUAGGCGAUUGAUUGGAGGGUAAUCCAAAAUAGUUUUUGACCAAGGAGGUGGUCCAACAGGCGAUUGAUUGGAGAGCAUUCUGUACACUCGCUUCUCUUACCACCGGCUUCCUUUAUGGUGCAAGAAUGAAGUUGAGACUUAAGAGAACCGGAAUUCCCAGCCCUGGACUUGGCAAAUGCCCAGAGCCAUGCAUCCGCAAAUUCGACGGUUCAUAAUUCGCAUGGAAAACAAUUGCUGCUCAUCAUGGCGUUGCAGUCGGGUCUGAAAUUUAGAAUAACAUUUUUUUUUUCAAUUUUUCUUUGCAGAGUUGAUGUUGAGCUUUGAGUUUUUUAUAAUUAUUAUCACAUCUUCGACUGUGUUGGAUUUUGAGUUUUAAUUUGCCGGUGGUCCAUGCUUGAAUAGUGAUGACAAUGCCAACAAAUUAGAGUCAAUGAAAAAAAUUUUAUCA